AUGGGAUUUGAUAUUUUUUCUUCCUUGUUCUGUAUUUAUGGUGGCACAAUUGUAGGAGUUAUCGGUGGCAUGGGUAAUGAAGGACGCCAAGGCUUUUUCAAUAGUCAUGUUAACCCAAAUGCAAAUACUAAUUUUAAUGGUUCGGAAGGUUUUUUAUUUUCGGCAAUGGUGUGGAUUCCGGAGAGAAUAUGCAAUACCGAAGAAGAAACCGAAUAUAUUGAUUUAGGAGAAGUCAAUGUUUCGCCUGAUGCUCCGCUACCAGAAAAAAACCAAGAGAACAAAAAUGUGAUAAAAAUAGCCCAAAAAAAAGAAACAAAAACUUCGGCCUGA